GGCCGGUGGCUCCGCCUGGCCGAGGGCUCGUUCGCCCCGCCCCGCUGCCUGCGCUGUCGCGGCGUCCACUUCCUGGCCCUACCCCCCUUUAGCGAAACCAACGAGACGACACCGCCUGUAUCUAGAGCAGCCCGACCAGUAGCAUACCCGGGGGACGCGCGCGAAGCUGAAAGGAAAGCCGUGCGCGGCUGUGCUUUCCCGCCCCUGAGCCGUUCUAGACGCAGGAAAAAUGCUUUCUGAAAGCAGUUCAUUUUUGAAGGGUGUGAUGCUGGGAAGCAUUUUCUGUGCCUUGAUCACUAUGCUAGGACACAUUAGAAUUGGUUAUGGAAAUAGAAUGUACCACCAUGAGCAUCAUCACCUACAAGCUCCUAAUAAAGAAGAUAUCUUGAAAAUUUCAGAGGAUGAACGCAUGGAGCUCAGUAAGAGCUUUCGGGUAUACUGUAUCAUCCUUGUAAAACCCAAAGAUGUGAGUCUUUGGGCUGCAGUGAAGGAGACUUGGACCAAACACUGUGACAAAGCGGAGUUCUUCAGUUCUGAAAAUGUUAAAGUGUUUGAGUCAAUUAACAUGGAAACGAAUGACAUGUGGUUAAUAAUGAGACAAGCUUACAAAUACUCCUUUGAUAAAUAUAAAGACCAGUACAACUGGUUCUUCCUUGCACGCCCCUCAACGUUUGCUAUUAUUGAAAACUUAAAGUAUUUUUUGUUAAAAAAGGAUCCAUCACAACCUUUCUAUCUGGGCCACACUAUAAAAUCUGGAGACUUUGAAUAUGUGAGUAUAGAAGGAGGAAUUGUCUUAAGUAUAGAAUCAAUGAAAAGACUUAACAGCCUUCUCAGUGUCCCUGAAAAGUGUCCUGAACAGGGAGGGAUGAUUUGGAAGAUAUCUGAAGAUAAGCAGCUAGCAGUCUGCCUGAAAUAUGCUGGAGUGUUUGCAGAAAAUGCAGAAGAUUCUGAAAGAAAAGAUGUAUUUAAUACCAAGUCUGUUGGGCUUUUUAUUAAAGAGGCAAUGACUAAUCACCCCAACCUGGUAGUAGAAGGAUGUUGCUCAGAUAUGGCUGUUACUUUUAAUGGACUGACUCCUAAUCAGAUGCAUGUGAUGAUGUAUGGGGUAUACCGUCUUAGGGCAUUUGGGCAUGUUUUCAAUGAUGCAUUGAUUUUCUUACCUCCAAAUGGUUCUGACAAUGACUGAGAAGUGAAACGAGCAUGUAUAUGAUCACUGUAUAGGACGUGUGUUAACAUUAUUUGUAGUAAUGAGUACAUAUCUAACACAGCAGUAUGUUUCUUUUUUUUUUCUUUUUUAGUUUGGUGGCACUGGUUUAAUCACACAUUAUUAAAGUUUAGUAGUACAUUUUAAAAUAGGCUGUUUUCCCUUACAACACGUGAAAAUUUUAAACAUGUUGGAAAGAAAUGUUUUAAGAAUAAUAAUUUUGCAAAUAAAGGCUAUAUUUAUAAAUAUUGUAUUUAUAUGAAAAAUUCUAGUUUAUGAACAUUAAAAUCUAUGGCACAUUCUUGCUGAUUGGUUAAAAAUGUAAUGGUUUUUUAGCUAAGAUAUGCAAAUGAAUUUCUAGUUGUGAUUUUGUGAUUAAAGUUAAACUUAGCUGUGUUUCCAUUACUUCUAAUCUUGGUUUAUGUUCUAAGCCUUCACAAGUGCCACUGGAUUUGCUUUCUCCAAAUACACAACCAAGCGACAAAGGAAGUCUUCCCAACCAAUGUAAAAGUGAAAGUUGAAAUCUAUCCUUGAGAGAAAAAGUAAAAAUUACUUAUAAAGGUUAAUAAUUUUCAUGGGAGUUAAUCUAGUGGAAUUCCUCAGCAUACACAAUCUCAGUGUAACUCUGUACUUCUCUAUGCAGAUACUAAAAUUGGAAUGGUGACUGAAGAAUGUAAUGUCAUUUAACUCUGCUGUUUCCCAGUUAAUCAAACUCUCAGCUGUGGCUUGGGAAAAAAUAUAUCAGUUGAGAUUUAUUUACUCCAGCUGGGCAAAUGAGUUCUGUAGAAGUCUCCUUUGAAAAACUUCUUUUGGCAAUCUGGCAGUUUUACUUACCUGAGUUGGGUCCAUCCUGGUUUUGUUUACCUGUUCAAAUUCUGAGAUUUUUCCCAUGUUCAUGGUUGUACCAUAUUCAACUGCUUUUAGUGUGGAAGGCUUAACCUCACCAUUCACCUUGGAUUAUCAUACCAUUUGCCUGAUUUCGGUGGCUACCCAGAAGCUUUAUCCAGUGGUGGAUACAAUAGUUCCUGUGCUUAUAAAUGUGUGAAAUACUUGGAGCUGACUUGUCCUAUAAUUGGGCCUGCACAUUAAGUCAGGUCCAUAAGGCCCCCUCGGGUGUGAGACCAUGACAUAUUAGAGAUCAAUAUUUUCUGUAACUGGCCUUAUAAUGUUAAUGGUCUCCCACAGCUUUUGCAAACCAGAAAGAGAAUUUCCUCAAGAGGGCCUUGGGCUUCAAAUUAUUGAUCAUCAGCGUAGUGUGUAAAAACCCUAUGUUUUAAUUUAUCUAACUUUCCUUAUUUGGGCUUUUGGUUAAAAUAAAGGAUAAUUAAUUUUGAAAAACAAUAAAACCCCUUUAUCAAGCACCCUAAUAUGUGGUCUCAGAUGCAAUUACGACAGAUCAAAUCAUGUUUGGUGUGAGUACAAUGAUAAACAUUAUCUCACUGACUGUGACACCCAGUUUGUCACCUUGCCCCAACACCAAUAUAUUAAAUUUCUACUGUAUUUAUCAUCUUCAUUUACAUUAGUGUAUCAAGGUAUACUUGUAAUAAAUAUGUCAGAGAAUGCA